UGUUGUGCAGGAACUAAAAGGCUGUCUUUUUUUUUUGUCCAAAUGGAUUGCUGAGGUGGAGGAAGAACAAUCACGUGAACAAAUAUGCUCGCAUCUCGCAGGGCAGUGCCUUUAUUUGUCAUCAUAAAGCUCCCCCCUCCUCCCCAAACCAAAUAUUCCACUGUUUAGCUCCCAAAUCUACACGGGGGCCUUACACUUGAAUUCCUGCUAUUUCAUUUGCUGAUUGAUUGCCAGCAAGGUUUUUUUUCCCUCUCCUCCUCGCUGUGCAGAAAUAAGGAUACCCAAUGUUGGCUUUUUAUUGGUAGCUGAGUCCUUGCACUCUUUCGGGAAUACUGUCUCCGCUGGUGUAUGGAAAUGUCUGCAAAAGAGCAAGAUCAGGUUUAGGACAGCAUUGUCUGCAACACAAAAGGCGGGUUGAGGGAUUUAUUCGAGAAGGAGUCGAAGAGCGAGAGAGCGAGCGAGCUUUUUUUUUUUGAAUGAUGAAUUGACACCCAAGCAGGUCGAGCUUGGACCGGGGAUGAAGGUUUAAAGGACAUCAUACACACUUGCACAGAUUUCGGUGACAGACUGAAGCCAACGUGGGGGAGGCCUAUCACGUGAAAAUAAACUACAAGCCAGCCCAUGCCAUUGGAAGGACUUUCCUUGCUUCAUUUUCUUUGAGUGAGAAAAACAAAAUGCAGAAAGCAACAUACUACGACAACUCUGGACUCUUCGGAGGCUACGGUUACACCAAGGCUGACUCGUACAACUACGCGCACCAGUCAUACCCCGCGGCCAAUAUUGACGCAGACUACCAGGGCUCCGUUUGCCCCAUCCAGACCCCCGCUGUCCGGCCGCUGACCCUCAAAGAGGGCGAUUUAAAUGGGGACUGUAUGCAGCGGCAAAGCAGCAAUGGCAGCGGCAGUCAAAGCAACAACAACACAAACAGCAACAGCAGCAGUAGCAGCAGUAGCAGCAGCCAAGCGUCGAGUGUCGGGGAGCAGCAGCAGGCCGGAGCCCCGCUGCCACCAUCGCCCGGCUCCAAUGGCUCUGCGCCCCAGAAAAAGAAGCCUCCAUCAGGGAGCAGCAACGCGUCGCCAGCCCUGACCAAGCAGAUCUUUCCGUGGAUGAAGGAGACCAGGCAGAACGCCAAACAGAAGCAGAAUAACAACUGCCCCGCUGCAGGCGAGGUGAGCGACGAAAAAAGCCCGACCGGGCCGGCGUCCAAGCGCGUCCGAACGGCGUACACCAGCGCGCAGCUGGUAGAGCUGGAGAAGGAGUUCCACUUCAACCGCUACCUCUGCCGCCCACGCAGAGUGGAGAUGGCCAACCUGCUGAACCUGACCGAGCGCCAGAUCAAGAUCUGGUUCCAGAACAGGAGAAUGAAGUACAAAAAGGACCAAAAGUCCAAGGGGAUCGCGCACUCCCCCCUGGGGCACUCCCCGGACCGAAGCCCGCCGCUUUCGGGCCCCAAUCACAUGGGCUACUCUGGCCAGCUGGGGAACUCGCUGGCCUACGACGCGCCGUCGCCGCCGCCCUUCGCCAAGCCCCAGCAGAACAUGUACGGCCUGGCCGCCUACACGGCGCCGCUGGGCGGCUGCAUCCCCCAGCAGAAGCGCUACCAGAACGCCGAGUACGAGCACCACGGCAUACAGAGCAAUGGCGCCACAUUCGCCAGCGCCAAUUUGCAGGGCAGCCCCGUAUACGUGGGGGGGAACUUUGUGGAUUCCAUGCCGGCGUCGGGUCCAGUCUUCAACCUGGGCCACCUUCCCCACCCGUCGUCCACCAGCGUGGACUACAGCUGCGCCGCCCAGAUCCCCGGCAACCACCACCACGGACCCUGUGACCCCCACCCCACCUACACGGACCUCACCUCGCACCAAGCCACUCAGGGAAGGAUUCAGGAAGCGCCUAAACUCACGCACUUGUAAUACAAGUGUGCGCGUGCGUGAGUGCGUGUGCCAUGCAGUAUUACGUCGCGCCCUUUUUAUUACCUCACUCCUUUUUCUUCUAAUAACUCCGAGCGAGUCUGUGCAUUAUCAUCACAGUAUUGAUAUGACUAU